AUGAGCGACCCAUCUGCCUCAGCUGCAUCAUCAUCCACUGCCUCUACUUCCCGCUACCAGCCCUCGAGGGAAGAAGUGGCAGAGCAGUGGCUCUUCACAGAAGAAGAUCUCGAAUACACCCCCACCGUCCUGGCUGGCAUACUCAAGCCAGCAGAGGAGAGAAAGGCUAGAAGGAGAGGUGUAGGGCUGAUAUACAAGGUGGCAGAGCGAUCGCAGCUCCACUCGCACGUCCUACACACGGCCGCCCUCUUCUUCCACCGCUUCUUCUUCCGCCGUAUCAUGCGGCCACCAGGCUUUCCCUCCCUCUAUUCAGGUCAGCGUACCUACGUCUAUCAAGACAUUGCCAUUGCCGCCCUCUACCUCGCCUCAAAGGUAGAAGAGGGCUACAGGAAGCUAGACGACAUCGUAUCCAUUGCCUGUCAAGUCGAGCCAGGUAGGGUGGGCUCGGGUCUGGAAGAAGGCGAGAGUGAAGAAGCCGUCUUGAAAAAUGGAGUAUUGGCUGGAGAGGAGAUCCUGCUGGCAGCGCUUUGCUUCGAUCUCAUCGUAGAGCAUCCUCAGAAGCAGCUCAUCGUUGCCGCUCGCAAGCUGGGCGUAGAGAUCGAGCUACUACGCUGUGCCUAUGCCAAUAUGCAUGAUGCAUUCCGUGACCCGAUCUGUACCUUCUUCGAAGCUCCAGUACUAGCUGCAGGCGUGUUCGCUCUUGCCUGCGAAGACGCCGAAGUCGACCCCACGACAUACAUGGCGGCGAGUGAUGACAUGAGCAACGUUGUUGGCCUUACAUGGCUCGAGACCUUUGACGUCUCGGAGGAGGAAGUGGAAGGUGAGCCCGCAAAGGGAAGAGAAGAGACCUGCUGCACGAACCACUAA